UUGCAAACAUUUAGCGUUUUUAUAAUUUUAAGCUGUAAAACGGCGGCUAAAUCAACUGUUAGGAGUACCCAACGAUCACCUUCCACAAAAUACUCAGUGGUUAUAAAUUUCAGAGGCACCAUGUCGCAAGGCGGUGGCACACCAGCGGGAAGCAACGCGGCCGCACUUCAGGCAGCUGGCGGGGGCGUGGUCUUCAGCAAGGUCUUCAUUCAGCGCGAUUACAGCGUUGGCACCUCCGUCAAAUUUCACACGAGGCUUCCCACAGAACUGGAGGGUAUUAUUGAACGACACGUCUUCGAGUCUACUAUCAAUAGGCUAAACGAAUUUUAUGCCGAGGCGGAGGAGGGCUCCUGCGGCACCUACUGUGAAGGCUGUAUAGGCUGCAUCACAGCAUACUUGAUCUACAUGUGCUCCGAAACGCACUACGAGAAGACCCUUCGUAAGAUAUCCAAAUUUGUGGCUUCCCAGAAUGAGCGCAUUUACCAUCAAAAGGGACUGCAGCUUAUCGAUCCCACCUUCCGGGGUCUUCGCGUCAUAGAGAUUACAAUAUUCGAUCGUCCUGGGCGAACGUGACUUCCGCUUUCCCAUUCAGCCAAUGAGUUUUUCAUGUGAGAACAACCAACAUCAACCAUAGCAACCGCAUCAACGAGGAGAAGAAAGACCCGUUUCGAGAAUUAGAAAGCAAAAAGUCAAUGCCAUUGUACGUGUGUGUGUGUGUUUCCAAAUAUCCAAAAGCUGUGGAAUCAGCUAAAGCUUUAUAUUAUAUCAAGAUUUGUAUUGGCAGCGCAGCGGCCAGUUCGUGCUUUGGGGCAUGCGACUUAGUCAUGAGUAUGCUGGGGACGCGGACCCGUCUCUGCUGCAGCCACAUACGAUACGAUACCUUAAAUAACAAGAGUUAAUGGUUAGGUUAGCCGAGGCAGGGUUACAGCCAGUUAGAUAGUAUUUACGCGUUAGCAGGCAUUAGUCAUGUAAGUGAAAAGCUACUGAAUUGCAUUUUGAGCCCAAGGGAUAGUUGCAGCAUAUGUUACCAUUGUCUAACAGAUUGUUUGUUUUCUAAUUAAAUAUAGCUGUAGUAUCUUCUAACUCUUCGCUUGUCCUAACGUUGAAUAAGUGCGUUACAGCCGCAGAACAUGCAAAAAUAGUUAUAGUUAUAUAAAAGGAUCAUACGACUAAACGAUUUCAGACAGCGCCAAAUGAACUUAACCAUCAACAAGCGAAGAAUUGUUCUAUUUUAAUACAAUUCCGCAAUAUUGAUUAACAUAGUUGUCUAGCUUAUAAGGAAAUAUAUACAUAUU